GAUUGAGACACAUUGUUAAUAAAAGGAAAGGUCUCUAAUGAGGUUGAAUUGGUCAACGAGAGUUAUCAACCCAAGAAUCUAAUGUCUUUCUCUUUCCAAAAUCUAUUAUUAGAGUACUUAUCAAAAGAAAUCUAUUAUUAGAAUAAGGCAUGAAAUUGAGGGUAGUUUCCUGACCAACUCCCUUUUCUCAAAGCCAAGACUCCUCAAUCACAUUCCUCUUUCACCAAAAAUGACACACAUUUCGAUUAUCCAACAAAAACAGUCUAAGCAAAAAUCACCAAAACAUACUCACCACCAAGCAUUAUCUACGAACAGCGGCUCCGUUUCUAUCUCGAGCUGUGUCACCAUUACCGGCUCAGCUCAUCAAUGGCCGCUGUUCCUUCUCUCCUCUUCCUCAUUCCUCUUUUCUAUUUCAUUCCUUUCUCCCAUUCACUUUCUGAAGGUGAUUCCCUUCUCAAACUCAAAAACUCCUUUACACAAACCAAUGCUCUCGCUUCAUGGGUUCCUAACUCUUCCCCUUGUUCGUCUCGGUGGGCAGGGGUAAUGUGUUUUGACGGAAUCAUUACCGGUCUCCAUCUCACUAACAUGGGUCUUUCUGGGAAAAUCGAUAUUGAUGCCUUGAAUCAGAUUUCGGGCCUUAGAACAAUUAGUUUCAUGAAUAAUAACUUCUCCGGUCCAAUACCGGAGUUCAGCAAGCUUGGAGUUUUGAAAUCUCUGUUACUUAGCGGGAAUGCUUUUUCCGGUGAUAUUCCUUCUGAUUUCUUCUCCCAUUUAAAUUCGCUUAAGAAAGUUUGGCUUAACGAGAAUCAAUUCACCGGAAACGUGCCGGAAUCUCUUGGACAAUUAACUCAUCUCAUAGAACUUCAUUUGGAGAACAACCAAUUCACAGGCUCGAUUCCUGUCUUUAAACAGAGCAUUAAUUCACUUGACUUAUCCAAUAACAAGCUCGAGGGUGAAAUCCCGGCCAUCUUUUCCUCUUACAAUGCUAGUGCUUUCGCUGGAAAUAAUGGUCUUUGCGGUAAACCAUUGGACACAGUUUGCUCCACGGUACCAACCCAAUCGCCGGCUCUGCCAGCUACCGAAAAUUACUCAAAUGACAACAAAUUAGUCGUCGGCGGAGUCGUGGCUGCAAUGGUCAUUGUCUUAAUAUAUGCUCUGCUUAGCUCAAAGAACAAUAUUGAAGACGAUUUUAGUCAGCUAGGGAGGGAAACCACGGACGACGUGGUCGAAGUUCACGUGCCCAGCUCUAACCGAAGGAAUUUGGAUUCAUCCACCCAAAAGGGCAGCGAUUCCAAGAGAUCUGCUAGUGGUGGUGGUGGUGGUGGUGAUGGUGGAGAUUCGCAACACGGGAAGAGCGGGUCCAUGACUGAUUUGAUAAUGGUGAACGACGAAAAGGGCACUUUCGGGUUAUCUGACUUGAUGAAAGCCGCGGCGGAGGUUCUUGGUAAUGGCGGGUUAGGGUCGGCCUAUAAGGCUGUCAUGUCGUUCGGGCUGUCUGUGGCGGUGAAGCGGAUGAGGGAGAUGAAUAGAUUAGGAAGAGACGGGUUUGAUGCCGAGAUGAGGCGGUUCGGUGGACUCCGCCACCGGAAUAUAUUGACUCCGUUGGCUUACCAUUACCGGAGAGAAGAGAAAUUGUUAGUCUCCGAGUACAUUCCUAAAGGCAGCCUCUUAUACGUUAUGCAUGGAGACCGGGGAACCAGUCAUGCAGAGCUCAACUGGCCAACUCGUCUAAAGAUAAUCCAAGGAAUCGCAAGGGGAAUGGGAUUUCUGUAUACAGAGUUUUCAAACUACGACCUUCCCCAUGGGAAUCUCAAGUCCAGCAAUGUCCUUUUGAACCACGACCACGAACCAGUCCUAAGCGACUAUGCGUUUCACCCCUUGAUGAGUCCCACCAACGCAGCUCAAUCCAUGUUCGCCUACAAAACCCCAGACUACGUCAAGUACCAGAGAGUCUCACAAAAGACCGAUGUAUACUGCCUCGGCAUUCUCAUUCUCGAAAUCCUUACUGGGAAAUUCCCUUCUCAGUAUCUCAACAAAGGCAAAGGCGGAAUUGACAUCGUUCAGUGGGUUUCUUCGGCAGACAAGACUGUGGAGAGGGAGACAGAGUUGCUUGACCCGGAAAUCGCUUCUGGGAAUGCUGCUAAUUCCAAUGCGGUUAACCAAAUGAUUGAACUCCUUCAUGUUGGAGCUGAUUGUGUAGAGAGUAAUCCACAAGAACGAAUUGAUAUGAAAGAAGCCAUUAGAAGGAUAGAAGAAGUACAAGUUUGAUCUUCAAUGAUCAAAGAAGAUCUAGUUGUUCAUUUCUAUGGUAUGCAUUAUCCAUGUGAUCAUAAUGAUGAUGAUGAACAUUUUUUUUCUUUCUUUUUAUUGUGCAUAUAUAGUUUUGAAUUUUGAUUUUUUUUUUUUUUGAAAGAAAGUACAUGAUUCUUGUUUAUUAUAUAAGUUAGGUAAUUGAAGCUAUGGCUGACCCAAUUGGUGUUGAGGCUGUGGAAUCUUAUUGGUUAUCAUUUUCAAGAUUUUCAAUUGGAGAGAGGGGAAAUAAUUUUAACUAUUUAAUUAGUAGCUAGAUGUAUAGUUAAUUUUUGUAGGUUGGGAUUUUGUGGAGUGUGGACCUUUCUUCAAAAUUGUAAAGCUUGAAUUUUUGUUUUUUCAUUUUGGAAUUAAUUUUACAUAUGGUUAAUUGGUCAAGUGGGCAAGAUAACUAAUUCAAACAAUAAUUACUGUAAUUCACAGCCUAUCAUAAGUUUGGUAGAAUCUAUAUGUAUUUGUAAUAAGUCAUGUUAUGUGGUUGUUUCUUCAUGAGAUAGACCUAUCUUCUUCUUCUAACUCCACCCUCUUAAUUUGGUGGAAAAAC